CGUCGAACUAAUCCGAUUUCUGAUUGUUAUUUGAAAGAUGGACAAGCGAGAUUAUUUUGGUGCGUACCGCGAGCAGGAGUAGCAGUUGCACAGUUGCAAGCAAAUCUAGAUUAUGCAUGUGGGCAGCCAGAUGUUGACUGCGGACCAAUUCAACCAGGAGGGACUUGUUAUGAACCCAACACAGUUGCGUCCCACGCAGCUUUCGCCAUGAAUCUAUAUUACCAAGUUCAUGGUAAAAAAUCCGAUUGUGAUUUUUCUGGCACUGGUACCUUCACAAAUACUGAUCCUAGUAAGUUCACCAUCCACACAGAUAUUUUUUAUACACACCUUUGUUUUUUUUUUCCCUAA